AUGCUUGAUCUCGAUUCUAAAGAUAGUUAUAAGAGACGGAAACCUACUAAUUAUCACGUAUCGACGUAUUCGGGCAUAGCAACAUUUAGCUUUGCAAAUGGACCCACAGUUUUCAGUCCGCGCAGGAAGAUGAGCUUUAGGGAUGGUGAUGUCUCUGAUUUAGGCAAUAACCUUGAAGAAGUUCACAGUAAUGAGAGCUCCGAUGCAAAAGAACCUCCUGGCUUUUACCAAGACAUGAGAGACGCUUUUUUCCACGCUGGUAGGGCAAUCAUGACAGUAGUGGGUCUUUAUAAUGCAGCUCCGCAUCAUUCAGAACUAGAUGAGACGAAAAGCAGUGAAAAUAAAUCAAACUCUCUAGACACGGAUCAUGGCGAAAACGAUGUUAUUCACAAUCCGUUUGUACCGAGCAAAAAACGUCGAUCAAUUAACGAGUCAGAGAUUUUUAUCAACAUGACACCACUAAAACAGAUUCAGAAUAUGAGGGUGCUCGAUGAGAAGCUGAGCCAUUCGAUCACUCCUGAGAAGCAAGGGAACAUCAUGUUCUCGACCGAGAAGGAUCCGUUCAGAUGGGGUUCUCAAGAGCCUCAUUCAACUCCAACUCCAACUUCUGCUCUGCAAUCACCUUACGGAAGCGCAUUCAUUCGCAAAAGGACCAACAACGCACCCACGCGAGGGGGAUCGGGACAAUCGUCAACUAGGACUGCCGUCGAGGAGAUCACAUUUCUCAGAAUGGUAUACAAUGGACAAUAUAAGGCGCCGGCUCUUAUUGAAAGUCAAAAGAAUGAGCAGCUGCUACUACGGGAGCAAGAGCUGAAGCAAUACAAAGCUACAUCUUCAUCCCCAUGGCUUGGCUUAACUGAAAAGAUCAAAGCCAUCAUGCAAAAGAGUAUGAAGUCUGAUAAUUACGACGACGACUUGAUCAUAAUCAAGGAGCGCAAAAUUCCACCGAAAGAACUUGAAAACGAGCUCUAUGGUGACCAGCCAUUUAGGUUCAACACGUCAAUUCUGACUUUCAAGGAGGAGUUUGAGAGCUACAAGAAGCUAAAAGAAGAGCGACAAAGAAUACAAUUGGAAGUGAGAGAGAAACGACAGAAGCUAAAAGUUCUAGUACCGCAACUCACGGAUGAGAAUCUUCGAGAUGUGAAAGACACACUUCGCCGCUCGGAUAACGGUAUGGUGAUGAAUAAACACAGCAUUGAAUUGAAAGUCCAUGAUUUCAAGACUCUUGCGCCAAAGAGAUGGCUCAAUGAUAUAAUAAUUGAGUUUUUCAUGAAGCACAUUGAGCUUACGACAGCGCGCUCAGUUGCAUUUAACUCAUAUUUCUACACCUCUCUUUCACGAAAUGGUUAUCAGGGUGUCAGAAGAUGGAUGAAGCGAAAGAAGGUUGAAGUUCAAGAUUUGGAUAAAAUCUUUGUUCCAAUAAAUUUAAAUCAAUCUCAUUGGGCGCUUGGUGUUAUUGACAUCGGCAAACGUAAGAUCGGUUACGUUGAUUCAUUGUCAAAUGGACCGACAUCUAUGAGUUUUGCCAUUUUGAAGGAUCUCCAGAAUUAUUUAAGUCAAGAGAGCAAAGGGGCUUUAGGCCAUGACUUUGAGCUAGUUCACAAGGAAUGUCCUCAACAGCCCAAUGGCUUUGAUUGCGGUGUCUAUGUCUGCACGAAUGCUUUGUAUUUGAGCAAAGAGUUGCCUCUCACCUUCGAUUACAAGGAUGUACAAAGAAUGCGACCAUAUAUUGGACACCUAGUUCUCUCAGGUGAUUAA